CUCCCUCUUCAUUCUUCAUUCUUCAUUCUUCAUUCUUCAUUCUUCAUUUACUAAGUUCAUCGAAAGCACUCGUCUCUGACUACUUUGAAUAUAACCAUGACAGGCUUCAAAUACGGAUAUGCCAUGAAUGAUGUUCCUGGCGAUAAGAGAGUUAUUACUCCACCCAUGCUGGGUGAUAAGAUCUCACUGUCACUUGGCCACACUUCAACUUUUGUCUUUCUUGGCACCAAAGCCGAAAUUCUUGAAUGGUUCAGAACAGUCGGUCCCACUAAAACUGUACACGUAGUCUUAUUCUAUGACCGACCUGAGGGAGAUCCACUUAGUCCAAAAGUCGACAUUGUCUUUGACCUCUUCCCUUAUCCUAACCCUGAUUUGACCUGGCUUCAGUAUUAUCAAUCCUUUUAUCGCUCGGAUCCGACUCUAGAAAUGUAUAGGUUGGAGAUCCGUCCUGAACAGCCCAAGUACGAUGUAGAAGUCGAGCCGCUCUAUAGGAUGUAUGCCAAGAAUGGCGUUAACUUGGGUGCAAUGGCCUCUGCCUUGGAGAAGAAGUGGUCGCAACCACCCGCUAGGAAUUACUUGGAAAUGGUCAAGGAAGUCUUUAUGGAGAGAGAGGAUAUGGAUGACUAUGCUCAGGAAGUAGCAGGUGAGACUAAGCGCAGGGACGAAGCGGGUCAAGAAGUUGAUCUUGAGGACAUUGUUGUUAGUGUACCUGUGGAAGCCAAUGCAUCCAAGUAAACUUUGUCCUAACUUUUCCGACCCAAUAUCCAUAUCGAUAAUACUUUGCAUCCUUUUGUAUAUAAUAAAACACGAC